AUGGACAUCAACCUGAUUGACAUCGAGAAAUACACGCACGUGCACUGGUCUUUCGCCAACGUCACUGAAGACUUUGGAGUUGAUAUCAGCGGUGCACAAGGACAAUGGGACAAGUUCAAGGACAUGUCUGGCGUCCAAAAGAUUAUCUCCUUUGGCGGCUGGGAUUUCUCAACCAAGCCUGGCACUUUCAACAUUUUGCGAGAGGCUGUCAAGCCUGGUAAUCGUGGUGUUUUCCGAGAUAACAUCAUUGCUUUUCUUGACGAACAAGGUCUUGAUGGGGUUGACCUCGACUGGGAGUAUCCUGGAGCGCCUGACAUUCCUGGCAUUCCCGCCGGAGACCCAGAAGCUGGCGAAGACUACUAUGAGCUAUUGAAGAGCAUCAAGGAAACUGUUGGCGACAAAUACACCGUUUCAUUUGCAGCCCCAGCUUCGUACUGGUACCUAAAAGCCUUCCCAGUGAAGAAGAUGGGUGAGGAGCUCGACUACAUCAUCUACAUGACGUACGAUCUCCAUGGUCAGUGGGACUACGGCAACCAGUGGACGUCUCCUGGUUGUCCAACUGGAAACUGUCUUCGUUCUCAUGUCAACGAGACGGAAACGAUGGAUGCCUUAGCUAUGAUUACAAAGGCGGGUGUACCAUCCAACAAGGUCGUCGUCGGUGUUACUAGCUACGGCCGCUCGUUCAAAAUGGCCUCGGCUGGCUGCGACGGACCUGAAUGCACGUUCACAGGCAGUCCAACCAUAUCCGACGCCUUCCACGGUCGCUGCACAAACACUGGCGGAUAUAUUUCCAACGCUGAAAUUGGAGAGAUCGUUGCUUCUGGCAACUACAAUAAGAAGUGGACCGCUGCUGGGUCAGACAUUCUUGUUUUCAACGACACUGAGUGGGUUGCCUACAUGAAUGACUCGAUCAAGUCCGACCGAGAAGAGCUCUACGCAUCAUACAACUUUGCAGGAACAACUGACUGGGCCGUUGAUUUGUUGGAAUUCGUGGAUGGCAGCGGAGGCGAUGACGCCGGCGACUACCCAGACGACUAUGAAUACCCCAUCGAUAUAGACUUCUACAGCAACUGCGAUGCUACCUAUUACUCCCUGGGAGACCUCGAAGACCGCAAGGAUAAGAUCCCUGCGAACUGCAUGUCCGUCUAUAUAGCCAAGGUGGAAGCCGAAAUCAUGAGGGACGCACUGGAAACGUACGAUGAGCUCAUAGAAGAUGGAUACGAUGGCAAGUUCGAGACCUUUGAGGCAUACGUCCGAGAGCAAGUUCCUGAUCAGAUCAACGCCUUCAUGGCCAACGGAAAAGCUGGCGACUACUUCAAGUGUGAGGAGACGGGCAUACGUAAUUGCUGCGGUACCUGCCAUUACUUCUGCGAGGAAGAGGAUAUCGAGAAUUGCGAUGAUUCACCCGAUUGCGUGAACGGGCAGAGCACGUUUGAGAUUACCUGCCCCACUGAGUUUCGGUUUGGCGAGGUCGGGAAUUGGCUCUCUUCAGACGCUGCUCCAAACACGACCUACACGCUAGAGGACGAAGAUGGAUUUUACAAGGCCAUCCUUGACGACUACGGCAUUCAAAAGGACUGGAUCAAGUUUGGCGAUACCCACGUUUAUCUCAACAACGGCUGCCAGUAUUCUGACGAUGUGAAUCAGUGUCAAAGGGAGAACGACUACUGGUACUGGAACUAUCCAGGAGCCGCCGAUGUAAUUGAGGUGGAUAACCCCAAGGACGUUAUUGGCGACUCCUACGAUGAGUCCAAAGACUUAUUGGACCGCCUCAGCGUGCUCAUCAUCAUGGCCAACUAUGACGAACUCGAAGAUCCAGCAGACCUUGUUGACGCAGCCAUGCUUCCAGCUCUGAGCAUACAAGCAGCUGUCCGAAACAUGGAACAGGUCGCCGAGAAGGCCGAAGAGAUUGACAAGGCUGAGCGUCAAGAAAUGAUCAUGUUCUUCAUCUCUGGGUUCCUGUUCUUCGUUCCUUUCAUCGGCACCGCGGCUGGAUCUCUCGGCUUGGCCAGCGUCAAGGCGAUUAUGAGCAUGCUGGAGGCGGUUGGCGAGGCUGGAUUACUGACAUAUUCUAUCGUGGAUGAUCCAGACAACGCGUUUAUGACCAUCUUCUCGAGUCUAGCGGGUGCAGGCUUGGGACGGGGCGGUGGAUGGGGUAAGGCGGCCAAGUCGAAGAGGGAUAUGCCGGUGGAAGAACUGGAAGCUUUGGGAGGCAUGAAAACCAGGGUUGACAGAUUUGAGAACGUCAAGAGUGCUUCGUGUAGGAUUUAA